AUGGUUCGGGCUAUUGAGGACAAUCCAGAGAAUCACAAGACCAGGUUGCACCAUCUCAGGGAGAUGCAUGAGACCGCAGGCAGGCAUACCAAGAGCUUGAGCCUUGAGGCUUCAAGAGCAUUAGAGUUUCAGGAUGACGAUGGUGGGGAUGAAACUCAGACGCCUACUCAGUCCAACCCUAGAGGCCUCAAGUCAAGGCUGACCAUGGAGGAAGCCACCGCGGCUGCCAAAGAAGCCAAAGAAAAGCAGCAGCAAUCUGAUAUAGAACAGAUGAAGGAGAGGUUUGCUAAAUUGCUUUUGGGUGAAGAUAUGUCCGGCGGAGGAAAGGGUGUUUCUUCAGCUUUGGCAUUGUCCAAUGCCAUUACAAACCUGGCCGCUUCUGUUUUUGGAGAGCAAACUCGCUUAGAGCCUAUGUCUCCGGACAGGAAAGCAAGAUGGAGAAAAGAAAUAGAUUGGUUGCUAUGUGUCACCGAUUACAUUGUUGAGUUUGUUGCUUCACAACAGAAGAAUAAGGAUGGAUCCAAUAUGGAGAUAAUGGUGACCCGGCAACGGACAGAUCUCCUCAUGAACAUUCCUGCCCUGAAAAAGCUUGAUGCAAUGCUUAUUGAUUGUCUAGAUAACUUCGAAGGCGAUCAGGAAUUCUUCUAUGUAUCUAAAGAUGCUGAUGAGAAGGAGAAAGGGAGUGGAAAGAGAAAUGACAAAUGGUGGCUACCAACUCCAAAAGUUCCACCAGAUGGUCUAUCAGAAGUGGCAAGAAAAUUCUUGCAGUAUCAAAAAGAUUGUGUCAACCAAGUGCUUAAAGCAGCCAUGGCCAUAAAUGCUCAAGUUUUAACAGAAAUGGAGAUUCCAGAAAACUACAUUGAAGCCCUUCCCAAGAAUGGGAGGGCAAGUCUUGGUGACCAAAUCUAUAGGAGUAUUACAGUCGAAUUCUUUGAUCCGGACCAAUUUCUUUGUGCCAUGGACUUGUCCUCUGACCACAAAAUUCUAGACUUAAAAAACAAAAUGGAGGCUUCCAUGGUCAUAUGGAAGAGAAAGAUGAACCAAAAAGAUGGAAAAUCUGGCUGGGGCUCAGCUGUGAGUUUGGAAAAGAGAGAGCUCUUUGAAGAGAGAGCAGAGACCAUCUUACUCCUUCUCAAGCAGAGGUUCCCUGGGAUCCCUCAAUCUUCAUUGGACAUAAGUAAAAUUCAAUACAAUGGAGAUGUCGGGCAGGCUAUUCUCGAAAGCUAUUCAAGAAUCCUAGAGAGCUUGGCCUUCACUGUGUUGUCUCGAAUUGAAGAUGUACUCUAUGCAGAUUAUUGUGUGCAGAAUCCGUCAGCAGCAAGUAAAAAGAACAGUUUAGGAGAAACAACUCCCUCAUCACCUUCAACUUCUCCGGAUAGGUCCAUGCAUAAAGAUGAUAAUGGGGGAACAGAGACACCCUCGUCAAUGACACUAUCGGAUUUCAUGGGUUGGGGAUGUGAUCAAGGUGAUAGUGAGGCAAAGAAGGGACAGGAGGCUGCAGCAGAUGAAAAUGAUGUCAAGCAUCCACAUAUACAGAAACUAGCCAACAUUGUGACCAACAAGAAGAUGUCAUAUCUAGACACAUUGGGUGGAAUGAGAAGUCCAACGGCACGCCACUAA